UCCAGCCGUGUGUGACGUACGGCAAUAACGUUUAUUAAUUUGCGACCGGAGUUUCUUUCCAUCGAGUGAAAGAGACCGUUUCUCCCCGCCUGACUUAAGAAGAAUAUGACGGUAGCUAAAAGCAAUGGAACGACAACAAUGGGAACAACCACGAACAAUUUCAUCGACGACGAGAAGAAACUUCGAAAUAACGUGUUUUUGUCGUACAAAGAAGAAGGCUGCGACGAGGAUGACGAUGAAGAGAUCACGUUAGAGGAUUUAGCACCGGAUGGUGGUUGGGGGUGGAUGGUUGCUUUCGCCAUGAUCGUAGUGUUCAUUACAACAUUCGGACCAACCUCGUCGUUUGCAAUAAUAUUUGGAGACUUUCUUGAAGCGACUGGUCAGGCUGGAACAGCGAUGACGCUUUUUAAUUCGGUUUUUAUGGUUACGUUCUCCAUUGCUGGUUUAAUGACGAACACUCUGCUAAAGAAAUAUUCGAUGAGGCCAGUGGGUGUUUUCGGUGCAGUGCUGUUCUCGGUGCCAAACGUUUGUCUAGCUUUCGUCAGGAACGUCUACGAAAUGGCAUUCUUAAAUUUCCUCCAAGGAAUGGGCCUUGGUCUGAUCGUGACGAUCUGUAACACAAACUUCAACGCCUACUUCGUGAAGAAAAGAGCGCCAGUAAUGAGCGCGGCACAAGUAAUCGUUGGAUUAGGGGGAAUUGCGUAUCCUAUAUGCAUCGAGAAAAUGAUGAAGAUGUACGGAUUUCGAGGAACAGCACUGAUGACAGGUGCCAUGAGUUUGAACUGCAUCGCCGGUAUGACGAUGAUGCACCCGGUCGAAUGGCACGUGAAGAAACCGGAAGAGGUUCGCGCGGAAAGGGAGCGCCAGAGGGAGGAACGGAAGCUGCAUGCGAUAGUGGUGUCGCAUCGUCGUUGCAGCGACAUUAUUAGAAUGCCUGCGAAAACCAGGUGGAGCAGUUUAACGAGUCUGAAGAGCGAUAGUGGGAAGCAGGUUCCACUUUUGAUCGAAACGCUGAAGACGCCUGCGAAGAGGGUGGCCUCGAUUUCCGAGAUAGAAGAUAGGAUCUACAAUCGAAUGAAGUCUGGAUCGAUGCGUGAAUUGUUAACGAGAAGACUGUCGACGUUCUCGUCGUCGAGUUUGGUGAAUUUGGUGACAAGUAUAGGAGGAUUGGGGGAUGUUAGGCCACACCAUCCCGAGAAGAUCAAAGAGAAACGAAAGGAGAAGGGAAUUCAGGUUUCUAUGGGGGAUGAAAAGAUAAAUGAGAAAGGUCCUGUAGAAAAAAUCUUGGGAGAACUUCUAGAAAUGUCGCUGUUGAAGGAUUGCAGCUUCCUUAACAUUUGCCUGGGCAUCAGUUUCGUCUUAUCCAGUGACUUCACGUUUUCCUGUCUCUUGCCGUUGAUGAUGACCAACAACGGCUACACGAAGAGCCAAGCAGCCCUCGCAAUUACUAUUUGCGCGACCGCGGAAUUGGUGUCGAAGAUUUUACUCGCGAUUUUCACUUUGGUGAUGAAAGUCAAAGCGAAAUAUUUAUUCUUCGUAGCUAUGAUUUGCAUGGCGUUCGCGAAAAUUGGUUACCUGCUGUACAGUGAGACAUUGAUAGGCACAUUUGUGAUGAUAGCGGCUAUAGGAAUGGUUAGAUCAUGGUUAUUAGUUCCUCAACCAUUGGUCAUUAUCGAAGGUGUCACUAUUGAUAAAUUCGCCUCAGCCUAUGGAAUUUAUGGCGCUAUUAGCGGAGUGAUUUCGAUACUGUUUGGUCCAAUUGUUGGCCUGAUGAAGGACUGGACCAACAGUUUUGUGGUCUGCCAGCUUGCCCUUAUAGCAAUGAACGUCCUGUUUGUUAUACCAUGGGCAAUACAGUUCCUUUCAGUAGAUUUACCAAAGAAGAAGCAGGAACGGGUGAAUAAAAUUGCUGCCCAAACUUCCGGUUCUCUUUCUGCUGAUUGACGCAACUGGAGAGAGAUGGAGAAAGACAUUGUGCAUAAAGCAUGCAUAUCUACUACUUCGAAGUGGGAACUGUUUUUGUACAAAUGUAAAAUUAAGUAUGUACCCUAUUUCGUCGUCGGGAUACUUUGGCCAAAUAUUUCUCUUCGUAGAAUGGAAAAGAUGGAAAAACAUUGUGGCAGGUUACUAUUACAGCGUUAAUUGUCCCAGCGUCAGAUUUCACGUGGAAGUUUUUAAGUUACACUUCUUUUCACACAUACCGUACGUACAUUUUGCAGAUUUCUUUGCAAACGAUCAACAGCGAUAUAUAUUUAUUUAUAAGGUAGAAAUAAUAAUGUUGCAUGGAGUGUACAUAGGCCAGCCCAUAAUUAUUUUUGUAGCUACUGUCAUA